AUGAAAAAGAGCUAUUAAUUUAGAGCUCUAUUUUAUAAGAAUGCAUCAAUUCAAUCACGAUAAAUAGGAACUAAUAUAUGUUAGAUUUUGACACCAUUAAUCUGUUUAGUGCUUGUCUAUAUUAUAUAAGAAAUAAUAUUUGAUAAAUUUUCAGGAUGGACAUUUUAAUUGGAUUUUCCAUAUAUUUUGAAUAUUCCAUUUUUAUAUUCUUAAAUUCCAAUGUUUAAGAAUGUUUCAUGUCUUUAAUGGUAAAAUAAUUAUAAAAAUUAGGUAUUUUUAUGAUGUUUCUAAAUUAAGUGAUCUUGAAUAACAAUUUAUAGGUUGGAAUAAUGGUUAAAUUGGAAAGAAUAUGUAUAAUAAAAAGUGAUGUUAUAAAAGGUCAUCUGGAGUAUUGUAAAAUAUUCUUCAACAAGCAGGUUGUAAAUCAAACAAUAAGAGUGAGUUGAGAAAUAUUCCAUAUUUAUAAUAACCAGAGGAAUCAAUAAAUGAAGAUAUCUAUUAAAGAAUAUAAUAUCUAAAUACGUAGCCAUUUUAUAGAGGAAGAGAUCUUGAGAAUAUUUGGAUGAUACCAGAUGGAGGAUUUACAUUUCAUAAUGCAAAUGAAGAAUAUUUGAAUGUAACAAUCUAAGUGAAUGACUUGAGAAUUCCUGAAUAUCAUAGAGCUAAUGGAAUAACAAAAUUAUUUUUUAAAGUAGGUGACAAUAAGACAAAUAAUUUAAUGUUGGUAUCUGAAGGUUAGGUUGGAUUAAUAGAUUUGAUAUCUAGAGCUUAUUUACAUAAAUUGAAUCCAAAAGUUUGGUUGAUUUCAGGGAUAUAAUAUAUGCCAAUGGUAGGAGAGGAUAGGAAUUUAGUAUAGAAGGCAAUAAAUUUAAUGGGAGCUUUAUUAUUUCCAUUGUCAUUAUCACUUUUAUUGCCAGUGUUUCUAUAUGCAAUAGUUUUAGAUAAAGAGGAAAGAUUAUUAUAGAUGAUGAAAAUGAACGGGAUGAAAAUGAUGGAUUAUUGGAUAGUUUAAUAUUUAUUUAGUUGGAUACUUACUUUAUUCACUUAUAUAUUAUUUUAUUUGGUAGCAAUGUAUGGAAUUGAGAUAUAAGUAUUUAAAUACACUGAUUCUAAUUUAAUUGUAUAUAGUUAUCAAUAAUUAUUUAGUUAUUAAUAUUGAUAGGUUGGGGAUUAACAUAGAUAUCAUUGUCCUUUUUCUUUUAAGUAUUUUUGAAUAAAUCAAGAACAGCUACUAUUAUAGGAUAUUUAAUAUCUGUAUGGGGUACUAUAAUGGCAUCAACAAUAAAUUUGGCAAUAUAUCCCGAUCCAUUGGAAUUGCCAUGGUAUCUUAGAAUAGUUCCAUAAAUAGCAUUUGGUAGAUUAUUUUACAUUUUAUCAUUUGGUACAAAAUAUUAAUAAUGUAAAUUAGCUUGCGUAUCAUAACAUGGAUGUUAUACAGAAUUAGAACAUAUAAGUCCAGAAAUUUAAGGAUGUUUAAUGUCAUUAUAUUGUAAUAGUAUUUUAUUUGCAAUAAUGGGAAUUUAUCUUCAUGAGAUAAUACCAUAAGAGUAUGGAGUUGCAACUGAACCAUGGAUUUGCAAAUUCUUCAAAAAAACAUAGUAUAUUUAAUUUUAAGAAGACGAUUAAUUGGGAUUAAAUGUGAAUUAAUUGGAAGAGGAUUCUGAUGUAUUACAAGAGAGAGAGAAAGUUUAUAAAUUAAAAAAUUUAUAAGAUUAUCCAUUAGUUUGUAAAGAUAUAAGAAAAGUUUAUGAAAAUAAUGUAGCUGUUAAAAGUUUUAGUUUGUGUGUAGAAAAAGGAGAGAUAUUUGGUUUAUUGGGUCCAAAUGGAGCUGGAAAGACAUCAAUUAUAUCAACUAUUACAGGAUUAUAUGGAUGUACUGAAGGAACUGCUUUAAUUGGAGGAUAUUCUAUUACAAAAUAAUUAAAAGAUGUAUAAAUGAGAAUCGGAGUAUGUCCAUAAUUUGAUUUAUUAUGGCCUGAAUUAACAGUUGAAGAACAUUUAUUAUUUUAUGCAAGAUUAAAAGGAAUACAUCGAGAUAUGGAAAGAGUCAGAGUAUAAUAAAGUAUGGCAGAAGUCAAAUUAGAGCCAUAUUUUAAUUAUUAAACAUAAUAAUUAUCAGGUGGAAUGAAAAGAAGAUUAUCAAUAGCUAUAGCUUUGGUUGGAGAACCUUUAAUUGUAUUUUUAGAUGAACCAUCCACAGGUUUAGACCCAGAUAAUAGAAGAUAAUUAUGGGAAAUUAUAUAAUAAUGUAGAGAAAGAAGAGCUAUGGUAUUGACUACACAUUCUAUGGAAGAAGCAGAUGUAUUAUGCAAUAGAAUAGGUCUUAUUAUCUAGAUUAUUUUUAGGGAUAAUGAGUCAAGGAAUACUCAAAUGUAUUGGCACUCCUCAAAGAUUAAAAAAUGUUUAUGGAGGUGGAUAUCAUUUAUCUAUAUAAAUUCAUAGAGAUAAAUAUUUAUAGUCUAUUCAUAAUAAUCAAGAGUAUUUUAUUUAGUUUUAUUUAGAUCACAAUUCUAUAUCAAUAAAGUUAAAGAUUUCAUUCAUGAUAUUCUACCUCAAUCUAUUAUACUAUCAGAAUUCAAUGGCAAUCUUAUUUAUUCAAUAUCUGGAGAGAAUUGCAAAGUUUCAGACAUAUUUUGGUAAAUUGAAAAAUAAAAACAUUCCUUGCAAAUCUCAGGUUAAUAUAUAUUUAUCUAUUUUUAGAUUGGGGAAUUAGCCAAACUAAUCUAGAAGAUGUGUUUAUGAAAAUAGUUGGUCAAUUUUGA